AGCUGGGCAACGGGAAACUCCGCUGAACGAAGAGUAAAUGUGGGACUAAAUCGGGAGAAAUCUGGCCAAAAUGUCUGCCAACACGGAAAUGCCAGGGGUGAAAGCUGCUCUGCAUCGUCUUCAAGAGUUAGCUGAACGGAUGAAGAGUGAUGAGUUUGGAUUCAGGGAUAAUGACAUUGCUAUGAUUGAUGGAGUAGCAGGAGCAGUCAAAGAAUUGGAUGCAGAGCGAGUGAAGCUUCACAUGAUGCUGGAGACGGAGACCAUCAACUCUAGCAUCUUGAGGCAUCAGCUUCAGUUCUUCCCUGAUCAGAUCAAGAAAGAGAUCAUGGCUGCUGUGGAAUCAGCUCGCCAGUCUAAUGCAGAGGAGCUCAAAAGUUUGCAGAAUAAAUUGCAAUUGCUGAACGAGACUAUCGAAGAACUGGAGGAAUUGCACAAAAAAUUGAGCAAGGAGAAUGCAAUACUCGCUCCUGAGAGAGACAUGGUGCGAGCUCAACAUGAGGAGGUUAUUUCACAACUCAAUCAACGACUUGCUGAUAAGGCAGGGAAACAGAUUAUGCUGAAUGAGACUCGAGAUAAGCUACGUGAGACAAAUCAAAAGAUUGUAGAUCUUGAGACUGGGAUUGUGAUUCUAAAAGAGGACAUGAUACAGGAGAGAUCUGAUGCAAGGCAAGAAAAGAAACGUCUCAAGCAGGCUGUGCACGACACAACCAAGAAGACCAAGAAGCAGAAGGAAGCUAACAUAUCUCAGAAGAAACAGGUAGAUGUCCUCCAAGAGCAGCUGACUGGCAAGAAAUUAGAACUUUCUGACAUCAUGAAGGUCAUACGUCGGUUUGACACAAACCGCUCAAGAUCAGAAGCCCAAGAGAAACUGCUUCAGGAUCAACUUGAUAAGGAAGUGGUUCAUAAUGAACAGAUGAAAGAUGAAGGAAUAAAGCUCUCUUUACAGUUGACAGAUCUAGAAACUAAGACUGGUAAGAAGGAAGCUUAUCUGGAAACAAAGGUUGAUGAGCUUGAAAGAGAUAUUAAUAAGACUAACACGGAGUAUGAUGGACUCAAGAAAGAACAUGAUGAGAAGAAAUUCAUUGUUGAAGAGGUUUUGGAGGUAGCAGAAAAAGAGGGAUCAAAAGUACAGGAGAUAGACAACAUCUUGCAGGGUAAGAAGGAUGACUUGACAAAGAAGGCAACAGAUACAGCCAGAAUGAAACUAGAGAAUGAUGAGAUGGAGAAGAAGAUGAAGAAUCUGGAAGAGAAUCACCAGAUAACCGUCCAGCUGUUGACCAAGCAGAUCCAGGCCUUCAGGGAGAACCUGACCAGAGAGCGCAAGGAGCGCUUCGAGCUGCAGGAGAAGAGGGACAGCCUGAGCAGAGAGCUGGAAGACUUCAGACAGGAGUUUGCAAAGUACAUGAGUACAAUGAGUGAACGCAUCAACAAGGCCAAGCAAGAUCAUGUAGACCUUACUAAUGAGGGUGAACAGCUAACACGGGACAUUACUAAAGAUGAUGUCACUAUCACGACGCUUGAAAAGGAUUUGAAGAAGGCAGAGGCAAAUUUCAGCAAAGUAAAGAAGAAGCUGCAAGAUGAGAUUGCAAAUAUAGAAAAUAAAAUUGCUGAUGCUGAAGGUUCUUUGGAAGCUAAGAUGAAGGAACUUGAAGAGAAGACUCCUAUCUUUGAGGAACUUGAGAAAAUGUUCGAAGAGAAACAAGAAGAGUACAACAGCAAGAAGAAAGGCAUUGUGGAACUGAAGAAUAAGAAGAUCGUUCUGGUAACCUCCUCUAACAGAGCUCAGAGGGAGAUACAGAAACUCAUCGCUCCAGGGGCUGAGAAUGCACCAGAGGAAGACAUAAAGAGAAUACCAGAACUCCCUCCCGUCGGUGUAUCUUUCUUCGCUUCAGAAGACGAGACCAGAAAUAAAGCCUUUAAGCAACUCUCCGAGGUUGCCUUGAAGCACUUGUUACGACAGCAACGUUCAGCUGCUUUGGGUAGAAUGAAAGAACAGGGCAGAGAGUUAGAGGAGUUGGAAGAAAACAUCUUUCAUGCUGGUCGUAAACUCAAGGCAGUCACCGAGGAGAACGUCAGAUUCACAGGGGCUAUUGAGAAGAUGCAGAAAGAGAGUGUUUCAAUUGAAGGGCAGAUAUCAAGACACAGCAGCCUGGAGGAGAGCCUAAAACAUCUUGUCAUUUCACAGAGAGGCCACUUAGAGGUAGGCUGGGAGAAGGAUAAGGCUCUGCAGGAUGAGUUUGCCAAGCGAGACCAGGUCUUUUUGGAUGACAUCACUGAUCUCUGUUGCCGUGCCGACCGUCGGGAGCAGGUGGUAUCAGAUAUCACAGACAAGCUCCAACAGGAGAUCGUCAUGCUGACCUCUCUCCUAGAGACGGUCGCUGAGAGAAGACCUCUAAAUACCAGCCAGGGCAGUCGACCCACCACAGUGCCCCGCCCUCCUACAGUCUUGAGGGAAUACCUGGAAUCCCGCACCAACCUCACUACCCAAGCAGGUAGAAAGACAGAGUUACAAAGUCAACCCAACUUACUCACUCAGACAGUACCAGAGGAACUUUAGCAAGUACUACUCAGACAGAGGAGACCCAGCUUCUUGAAAAUAUGAUGUGUAUACUAGGAACAUUUUUAUGAUACCCGAUGCAGUUGUCAACCUUCUUGCUAGUACUGUUUACCUUUGUUGCAGUUGGGUGUGGAUUACUGUGCCACAGGGUAAAGGGUGUGGGAGGACGGAAGUAUCUGUUGUAAGUAUCUUUGUAGGUUUGGUAUUUUAAUGUCAAUUUUGUUUUCAUUGGGAAUGACAGGGAGAAUCUACCUGUGUUAUGUCUUUUACUCAAGUCCUGCAUAGGCAGUUGCUAGGAUUACCAAGAUCAUUCCGUCCCGACAAUUAGAAGUGUGCUUUCUUUUAACAUCAUUUACAGAAAUCACAAUCAUACUAUGAUAGGAUUAUUGCUCAUCAAGUUACUUCUAGAAGUUUGUGAAUCAAUUACUUAAUGUGAUGCUCCUAGAUCAUCCAUAUAAGGAAUCAACUGCAUGUUAGAAAUGUGCUUGUUUUCUGAUGUCGGAUGCAUUCUGAAUAGAUUAUCGUUGCUACAUGGAGCAGUGCACAUGAAAUCAUGGUAUUACACAGAUACCGACUAGCAAGAGUGUUACAUUUGAUGGAUUUCCAUGGGGGUAUAUAUUUUCCUCAGUGCACAGGAUGAGGGAAAUAUUGUAAAAAGUAAAAUUAUAGCCCUUGGGGGAUGGGCCAUCAAAUGCUGUUAUUUAGCACAAUUUGGUCAGUAUCUCAUACAUGAUGUGGUCCCUACAGAUAUGAAUUACUGAUAAUAAGUCUCAGUUGUGCAACGCCAAUGUAUAAGCUGCCGCACUUCAUUCCAUGACAUUGGGUACAUUAGAAAUCCCCAAGCCACUCAUUAUUGGCAAAAAUCAUAAUUUUUUUUAGCACAGAUUUUUAAUGUCUUAAAACUCUUACUUUAAUUUGUGACCACAUGCAAGUUUCAGCCCUUAAAUAAGUUUUGCAUGGUUCCUCUAAAAUUCUGUGAAAAGGAACCUUCAUGUAUUUCUUUGUUCUCUACCAUCUGUAUUUGAAACAUAAAGGACAAAUAUGGCCAGCCAAUUUGAUCAACUGUGUUGGAGUAGUCCCUUGCACAAAGGGGGUCAUCCCAUCAAUACAUUUUUGCUGUGUAAAAUUUGAAGAAAAAGAGGCAUAUGAUGGUACUUGUAUGUACAUGUAGUAUUUAAUCUAAGUUUGUAUAUAAUCUGUAUAUAUGUGUAAACAAAUUGAAAUGCAUUUGUAUUUAUUUAUCUGUACUUAGUGCAAUAUCCUGUCCAAUGUUUUUCAUCACCUUCAUUUUGCCAUGGCAAAAACAGGAAAAAUAAUAAAUAAGUAUUAAUAACAUUGAUCUAUGGCAGAAAUGUGCCCUAAAGAUCCUUUUUAUGCAUUGUCUCAAGACUUAUUGUGCCUUUCAAACUUCAUCUAUGCAUCAAAUAUGACAUUAUUUAUGUACUCUGUUCUUUUAUGCAACCAUUUACC